UCUUUAACACAAUUGAUGAGCCGUAUAGUAUUCUCAAAUUUCUCGGAAAAAGAAGGAGCAGCGGCAGCAGCAAACAUGUUUCCAGCAGAGAUCUACCUUGAGAUCCUAUUAAGGUUACCGGUGAGAUCAACAUUUGUAUCUACCAAACGGUACAGGGGAUUACCUGGAUCAUUAUAUGGGGACAAGUUUGGAGAUUAUAAUAUGGUAGGUCUGGGUUAUGAUUGUAAGACUCAGGAUUAUAAACUUGUAACACGGCGUAGUAGUGCAGACUGUGCAGUCGAAAUCUAUUCUUUAAGAUCAUAUUCGUGGACAAGUAUCGAAAACGUGCCCUAUGAGUUUCAUAGUGCUCAAAUAGUCGGGGUGCUUUUAAAUAGAGAUCUUCAUUGGUUAGCUAAAGCACAAGAUUGUUCGGAAGUUGUAGUUUGUUUAGAUAUGGGCGACCAGAUAUUCAAAGCAAUUCCACUACCAAAUGAAACUUUGGUGAAUAAGAAUCAUAUCCGUAAGUUUAUGACAGUGGGGGUGCUGGAAGGGUGCCUUUGUGUUGUUGCUAGUGUUACUAAUCUUCAUUCUGAAGUAUGGGUAAUGCAGGAUUAUGGUGUUCGAGAAUCUUGGACUAAACGCUAUAUGAUUAACGAUGAGAGAAUUGUUUAUGACGAUUCACCUCAUCUUAUGUGGUCAUUUAAGAGUGGUGAAUUACUAUUUGGGAAUUGUUCGGCUGAUUAUCUAGUUAUAUAUGACCCUAAAGAUGGAAGUGUUAGAAAACCAAACAUCCCCAAUUUAACGCAUUUGCACCAAGAAGGGUGCUAUUAUGAAAGCUUAAUAAUUUAAAUUUCUCGUGGCAUUUCCUUAUAAUUCGAAAUUUGUUAGACUUUCUUCAGUCUACUGCAACCCUAGAAGGAUUCUUUCAUCUUUAUUCCAACACAACAAUUGCAUUAGUGUUCAACAUUUGAGUAAAGGACGUGUAGCAUUCACUGAAGAGAUAAUUUAGGUGUGAGCUUUCUUUUCGUUUCUUUUAUUUUGAUUGAAGGAGUUUAUCCAACUGUGGUUACGCUUAUACAUCUGCUGAUGAUAUUCAAGUGAUUAUUCACUUGACUUUUAUAUAGAAAUUCCAGAUAUGGGUUUGAAGCUGAAUGGUGUUACAUUGCUUUGCAAUAUGAAGAACGGUUUCCAUGCAUGGUAUGGUGUUGUGGUAAGAACUCAUUGUAACAUUAAAUUGUUGGGCACUUUAAAUUAUUGUCUGACCCAAGUUUGUAAUGUGAACAUUAAAUUGUUGUUUGAAACAUGUGAAGCUUGAUUA